GUUUUCUAGAGAAAAGAGCAGCGUCACCUUACUUUUCUUCAACUCUCAUUGGUUUUUUAAAAGGAAUUUUAUAAAAUCGGAUCAGAAAUCAGAAUCUCAGCACCGCUUAGCUUUUUAAAUUUCACACUUCCCACCGUUCAAUCCAGCCUUGCAAUAGACGAGGUUCUCCACUCUUUCUAAUCUCUAUACGCAUAAGCAUUAACGAUAUCAUCAGUUUCUCUUCCUCUCUCGUUGUGUAGCAUCUCUUUGUGCUUGGUUUCCUUUAUUGCUUUUCAGGGAAUCGAUUCGGUUCAUGAUCGAGGAUUUCUUUUAGAGAGAGAGUAGAACCAGAACCCUAACAGGGAGUGCAAGGAAAUUUUUACCAUGGAUCCCUACCGCCAGAACGGCAAGGAGAAUAAGAAAAUGGAUGAAGGCACGUCAAAUUUGAACACAGAGGGGAGGUGGGGCUCCUGGGUUAUGGGAAAUCCGAGCCCACCUCAAGCCCAUCCAGCCAACCAGAAGGCUGGGACUUGGGUUGCGGGAGAAGCGAUUCCUUCUUCUGAUCCAGCGACUCAUAAUGCUAACUACAUGAACUACUCUGUUCCUCCGGUUACUAAUGGCAAUGUUGGUGGUGGUUAUGGUGGCAGCAGCAUGCCUCGACCUGCCAAUCCUUACGUCCAGACAUCUCCUGGAUCAUCCGGGAAGGGUCCUAUGGAUACGGUUCUUAAUGUGUUGAGUCGUUGUGGGAAAAAGGUUGAAGGCUGUGCCAAAAAAGCUGAUGGUAUUUCUGGAAACGUCUGGAAUCACCUGAAAACCAGUCCUAGUCUUAGUGAUGCAGCCAUGGCAAGACUUUCCCAGGGGACAAAGGUUUUUGCAGAAGGGGGGCGUGAGAAGGUUUUUCAGCAGACGUUUCAGUUGUUUCUAGAUGAAAAGCUUCUGAAGGCAUAUGCUUGUUAUCUUUCAUCGUCCUCUGGACCUGUCAUUGGAACACUCUACAUUUCCAACAAAAGAGUGGCCUUUUGCAGUGACAAUCCUCUCUGUUAUUAUCCUACCCCAGGACAGAAAGAAUGGUUGUAUUACAAGAAAUGGCUAUGUGUGAGUACUUUCAUCAGCUAACUUUGUGGAUGGAAGGAUUAAUGAAUGGAAAGUUUGAGAAGAUUUGUUAUCAACAUUCACUGCACUUCAUUUGGAUUCCAUGGAAAUAGCCUUCUGUGUUGGGAAUUAAGAAGGGAGCUGUUGACUGUGAUCUCCUCGUCUUUAAAACAGCAUUUACCUUUUCAUUAUUCAUUUGCAACAAGAGCUUGUUGGUGCAAAUGCUUUUUAUUUGAAUUUGUAGCAUGACUCUAGGGGCCUUUCUUCUUUAUGCUUUUUAUGGAACAGAAUGUCUUGUUGACAUUUGUUGACUCAGUAAUAGGGUAACGCUAAUUUUCAGAAUCACUUCAAUUUGUAUUAUUAAUUUUUCAUGAUUAAUCCAGUUAGGGAAGAACACCUUCACCUAUCCUAAUGGGAAGGAAAAACUUGGUUUUCUGUUA